CUCCCAAAGCGCCAUGCAGGAACUCAACCGGCUUGUGGGCGAGGAGAGGAGAAGUCAACAUCCUGCGGUGCAUCCGGAGGCCAGUUUGUUCGAAGGACUCGACAGAGUGGGCGAAGCUUACGGGCUUGACCUCGAUGAUGAGUACAAGAGCGACUACUCCGACUACUCCAACGGGCAACUGGAUGAUGAUUUCGUUGACUAUGACUCCGAAGGAGACGAGACCUUGGAGAAGUAUGGGAUGGAUGACCGUGACAAUGGCAUCAUGGAGAUCUCAGAGGACGAAAUGGAGAAAGAAUUGGACGAGCAAGGCUGCGAUUGUGAAGGGUUGGACUCAUGUCAAUUGUGCUCGUCCGUCUUUGCUACAGAUGUUCAUACACACUCCUCCUCGGAAGACGCAUGCAGUCCUUCGAGGAAACCCUUAUGGAAUCCAUGGAAUCGGUUCUCAAAUCGCCGCCCUUCCACCAUUGACGGCAAAGUCAUGAUGCUGCAGAAGUAUGGGCCGCGUUUCGGCCUGGCACGCUGGGGACACAUUUUCUCGGGGCAUUGGAAUGUCAAUAAGCGCAAGGGUCAGGCAAGCCAUGCAUCCUUGGAAGAACUUCCGCCAGGAUUUCUCAAGUCGCAGAAUCUCUUGCCUUGGAGGAGGAGACUCAAUCGAUGGGCUUGGAGGGCUCGCAGAGUGAGGAUGGUGGAGGAGCGACCCCAGAAGAGAUACUUCUUCGGGUCCCUUGUCUGGGUCACGCUGUUCUUCGUCGCUCUGUUUUGGAGGGGGAGCCCGCUGUCAGCGAUCGAAGAUCGUAUCUCCAUGAUUCACAUGUUGUUCCCCUCAGGUACUAUUGUGGUCCUCAGAAUGGCCAUGACUUCUCGAGAAGACCUCUUGACGUGCUUGACACUAUAUGCGCACAACAUGAUUUCUGCAUCGAAAAGUCAGAAUAUUGGAUUGAAGGGCGACGGAGAAAGUCUGUCUGACGAGAUAGGAAAGGUGGAAAACACUGAAGGGUGUGGGAUUCCGAUGCGUUCACACACGAAUCCCAGCUAUGGUUGUAGAAUCACAGACUGCGACAGAGAGAUGGUCGAGAGCCUGUUGAAUACCUUCCAAUGUUCUGGUGAUCAGUCGCUUCCGAAGAUGCGGCAGAGCCCAUGGUGCUACGACGAACGCUACGUCGGGAAAGCACACUGUACAGAAUAUCUCUGGACUUGGAAGAUAGGGCUGUGGCCGGUCUGCAAAGCUGCAGGGAAGAUAGCUACAGCAUAUCAUUCAUGGAAGAUCAAAACAGCUUGCUCCAUCAUGAAGCAGCAGAUUUUGGCUCCUCUGGAUGACAUAGACAACGCCCCCCCAAGAGGAUGGAGGAUGGUCUCAUCGCUCUUGACGUUGCUGGGCGGCACUCGGUCUGCCCAGCAGCUUCGCGGAGGUGUUGCAUGGAACUGCACGUGCCCAUAA